AUGAUCAAGGUCAGCAGCACCGUGCAAUAUGGUACUGAUGCCGGCGAUGGUAUCAUGAGUGGGUUUACCUAUGGAAUCAUCUUCUUUGUUGGAGUGUUUCUUCUCAUCCUGCUCAUCACUUUUGCUUGCACGCGCUUGAAACUCCCCGACAACCCGCCGCCACCUCACCGGAGCAGUGCUUCCGCCGCAGACCAUGAUCAGGCCGAUCCCAUAAACAUCGGACCAGGUCUCCAUGAAUUCACUGUCGGCAGCUACCCAAAGCUCCUCUACUCUGAAACAACCCAGAAGGGUGCCUCUGCAGAUUCUUCCUGCGCCAUCUGCUUAGUGGAGUACAAAGAAAAGGACAUGCUCCGGCUGUUACCUGAUUGUGAGCAUCUAUUCCAUCUGAGCUGCAUCGACCCCUGGAUGAGGCUGCAUCCGACAUGUCCGAUAUGUCGGAGGAACAUAUCGGACAUAUCGGAUAUGUCCACAAACGAGUCUUGA